GUCUUUCCAAUGGUCCUGAAGCAAUGGAAGUAGAUGGUCUCCAAGAAGUCCCCCUCUGUAGCUGUCGAAUGGAAACUCCCAAAAGCAGAGAGAUCACCACGCUAGCCAACAACCAGUGCAUGGCCACAGAAAGUGUGGAUAACGAGGGCACUUUCAUGGAGUGUCAGCCGGAGAGCAGCAUCUCCCACCGUUUCCACAAGAACUGUGCCUCCCAGGUCAACGACAUGAGCUACUGCCCACACUGCGGGGAAGAGGCCUCCAAGGCAAAGGAGGUGACAAUAGCAAAAGCAGACACAACCUCGACGGUGUCGCUGACCUACGAGCAGCAGAAACCAGCGGCUGUGGAAGGAAGGGCCGACACCACGACGGGGAGUGGCACUGGGACACGGUUGUCAGAGGAAGACAAGCCAGAAAGUUCGGCUGCGGAGGGGUUUGACAUGGCUGGGUCUUCAGUUUUUCCAAAGCCUACUACUAGCCUGACCCAGGGACCAGUUAAAGAGACUCUGGAAAGUGCCCUGAUUGCCCUGGACUCCGAAAAGCCCAAGAAGUUACGGUUCCAUCCAAAGCAGUUGUACUUCUCUGCGAGGCAAGGAGAGCUGCAAAAAGUCCUGCUUAUGUUGGUGGAUGGAAUUGACCCUAAUUUUAAAAUGGAGCAUCAGAGUAAGAGAACCCCUCUCCAUGCUGCCGCUGAGUCUGGCCACGUGGACAUCUGCCAUAUGCUGAUUCAGGCUGGUGCUAAUAUAGACACCUGCUCUGAAGACCAGAGGACCCCACUGAUGGAAGCGGCAGAAAACAACCAUCUGGAAACUGUGAAAUAUCUCAUCAAGGCUGGAGCACUUGUAGAUCCUAAGGAUGCGGAGGGCUCCACAUGUCUGCACUUGGCUGCCAAGAAGGGCCACUACGACGUUGUUCAGUACCUCCUCUCCAACGGGAAGAUGGAUGUCAACUGUCAGGAUGACGGAGGCUGGACGCCGAUGAUCUGGGCCACCGAGUACAAGCAUAUUGAGCUGGUGAAGCUGCUGCUUGCGAAGGGGUCAGACAUCAACAUCCGUGACAAUGAGGAAAAUAUUUGUUUGCACUGGGCUGCUUUUUCUGGCUGUGUUGACAUAGCGGAGAUACUGCUGGCUGCUAAGUGUGAUUUACAUGCAGUGAAUAUUCACGGGGACUCGCCCCUGCAUAUUGCAGCCAGAGAGAACCGCUACGAGUGCGUCAUUCUCUUUCUUUCCCGUGGCUCGGAUGUCACUUUAAAGAACAAGGAGGGUGAGACUCCACUCCAGUGCUCCAGCCUUAACUCUCAAGUCUGGGUGGCCCUACAGAUGAACAAGACUCUGAAAGAAUCAUCUACUGACAAGCCUGCCCAGAUAGAUAAGGUCGUGAGCAGAGACAUUGCCCGGGGUUACGAGCGGAUCCCGAUUCCCUGCGUCAAUUCAGUGGACAGCGAGCCUUGUCCUAGCAACUACAAAUACGUUUCGCAGAACUGCGUCACCUCCCCGAUAGACAUUGAUAGAAACAUCACUCAUUUACAGUAUUGCGUGUGUAUAGACGACUGCUCCUCCAGUAACUGCAUGUGUGGCCAACUCAGUAUGCGCUGCUGGUAUGAUAAGGAUGGCCGACUCCUGCCUGAAUUCAACAUGGCUGAGCCACCACUGAUCUUUGAGUGUAAUCACGCGUGCUCGUGCUGGCGAACCUGUAGGAACCGGGUGGUGCAGAAUGGGCUCAGGACUCGAUUGCAGCUUUAUCGGACACAAAAGAUGGGUUGGGGUGUGCGAACAAUGCAAGACAUUCCACCGGGAACCUUUGUGUGCGAGUACGUUGGUGAGCUGAUAUCCGAUUCCGAGGCAGACGUCCGUGAAGAGGACUCCUACCUCUUCGACCUUGACAACAAGGACGGAGAGGUGUACUGCAUAGAUGCCCGUUUCUAUGGCAACAUCAGCCGCUUUAUAAACCACCUCUGUGAGCCAAACCUCAUCCCCGUGCGGGUCUUCAUGUCCCAUCAGGACCUCCGCUUUCCCAGGAUCGCCUUCUUCAGCACGAGGCACAUAGAAGCCGGAGAAGAAAUCGGCUUUGACUACGGGGACAGGUUCUGGGACAUCAAAGGCAAAUACUUCAGCUGUCAGUGCGGUUCACCCAAGUGCAAACACUCGAGCUCAGCGCUGGCCCAGCGGCAGGCGAGCACCUCGUCCCAGGACACGCAGGAAAACGGGCUCCCCGACACCAGCUCUGCCACGGCAGCCGGCCCCUUUUGAGGCUCCGCUCCCCAGAGACUGACUCGUUUUAACCCUAUAGAUUCGCAUACUGUUCGAAUUUCCAUUUAAAGAG